AUGGCGCCAGUUAGGUUAUCGGGUUAUUAUAAUGAGUAUUUUGUAUUCAAACAUGCACAUACACUGAAACGUUCAUAUCUUGUGAAUAUACGCAUACACACAGCGUCAUCAUCGUGUCGUGGUGGUGAGGAUGAUACAUCUCCGCCGAAUGGAGUAAUAUCGUGUUCGUUGACAGGCAGCGAGGAAUUGUCAGAUCGCCGGAUUCGACGUCAAAUAGCGAACUGUAAUGAACGACGUCGUAUGCAAAGCAUCAAUGCUGGAUUCCAAAGCUUGCGUUCAUUACUGCCGAAGCGAGAUGGUGAGAAGAUGAGCAAGGCAGCAAUAUUGCAACACACUGCCGAACUGAUUCAGUCAUUACAAGCCGAGAAAAUGCGUUUGCUCGAAGAGAAAGAGGCUGCGAUUCAGGCCAAGAAACGUCGGAUUGAAGAUGAAGAGUCUCGAGAACGUGGUCUUGUCGACGAAUUGACGGUAGCAUUGGAGCAGGAGCGACGGUUACGUCAAAUCUACGAGCAACAGUUGAUUGAAAGGCGAGAACGUGAUUCGAUUCUGUCACCGAUCUCAACACUCCCCACACCUUCGCAGUUAGCAUCCUCAAUUGUUGAUUCAACCCUCAUGCGACCUCGAACCGAUUUGGCAGGUUUAUUGCCGCACGCAAUGGCAUUGGACAGUUUAGUGGGUGCAACGACAGCACCACCAACGGCGUACGUACGGUUGGAUGCUGCAUCUGCACUGAAUCCUACAACGAACGUCACUAGUAGUACUCUAUCGCUAACGACGAAUGGCGAUGCAAACGCGAAUGCUACGAUUGCAACAACCACGAAUAACAACACGUCCACCAACAGUGGUUUCAAAACACCGACAGUUACGUGCAUACCGCAAACAUCUGCGUCUGCGAGUGCUUCCAAUAAUGGUUUCAUCGGUAGCGCAACGAGCGCUUCGACAAUAGUUGAUGGUAUGCCGCAAGCGCCGUUACUAAUGAAUUCAAUGGAGAAUCACUCGACUGCAAAUUUGAGUCAUCGGAAUCUGAAUGCCAUCCUGGAGGCAAUACGACAUCUGGAGGGUGGCGCUGGUGUCGCGACUGCGAACAACAAUAUGAUUGUUGCAAAUUCAACACCACAACAUUCGAAUGUUCUUGUUCGUUAG